AUGCAAAUAACUAAAGGAAACUGUUGGUUGGCGUUCUUAUCUGCAGACUCUCUCUUAUAAAAAUAUGCGACUCUCUGCUCUGCUUUGUCAUUUCUCAGUUUUUCUGUCUCCAACUUCCACGGAAUUCCCAUUUCUCUCCAAGUUUUCAGGAUACGAUUCUCUUCUUCCAGCUGAAAACUGACAUAGAAUUUGGAGGACAAGGGAAAAAUGGAUUAUGUUAAUGGACCUGGAAGAAACCAUCUCUUCGUCCCGGGACCGGUCAACAUCCCCGAACCUGUUCUGCGGGCAAUGAACCGGAACAACGAGGAUUAUCGUUCUCCUGCUAUUCCUGCAUUGACAAAAACUCUUCUUGAAGAUGUGAAAAAGAUUUUCAAAACUACUACUGGAACCCCAUUUCUGAUCCCCACAACAGGUACUGGUGCCUGGGAAAGUGCUCUCACAAAUACACUGUCUCCUGGGGAUAGGACUGUGUCCUUUCUGAUUGGCCAGUUCAGCCUCCUCUGGAUUGAUCAGCAGCAACGCCUUAAUUUCAACGUCGAUGUUGUCGAGAGUGAAUGGGGCCGAGGUGCCGAUCUUGAUGUUCUGGAAUCGAAGCUUGCAGCUGAUGCUGCACACACGAUCAAGGCAAUUUGCAUUGUCCACAAUGAGACAGCCACCGGUGUCACCAACGACUUGUCCAAAGUUCGGUUCCUACUCGAUAAGUACAAUCAUCCUGCUCUUUUCCUGGUCGAUGGAGUGUCUUCAAUAUGUGCACUUGAUUUUCGGAUGGAUGAAUGGGGAGUCGAUGUGGCUCUAACCGGGUCCCAAAAAGCUCUAUCUCUCCCAACAGGAAUUGGUAUUGUAUGUGCCAGCCCUAAAGCAUUGGAGGCAUCCAAAACUUCAACAUCAGUUAAAGUUUUCUUUGACUGGAAAGACUACCUCAAAUUUUACAAACUGGGCACAUAUUGGCCAUACACUCCUUCCAUCCAGCUCUUAUAUGGACUAAGAGCAGCUCUUGAUCUGCUUUUCGAGGAAGGUCUCGACAACGUGAUCGCGAGGCACAGCCGUCUUGGGAAAGCGACAAGGCUUGCUGUGGAGGCUUGGGGGUUGAAGAACUGUACACAAAAAGAGGAAUGGUUCAGUGACACUGUGACUGCUGUUCUUGUUCCUUCUUAUAUUGACAGUUCAGAGAUUGUGAGAAGGGCAUGGAAGAGGUACAAUCUCAGCUUGGGACUUGGCCUCAACAAAGUUGCUGGCAAAGUCUUUAGAAUUGGUCACCUUGGAAACCUCAAUGAGCUGCAAUUGUUGGGAUGUCUUGCUGGCGUGGAGAUGAUACUCAAGGAUGUAGGAUACCCCGUUCAACUAGGAAGUGGAGUUGCUGCAGCUUGUGCAUACUUGCAAAAUACCAUCCCUCUCAUUCCUUCAAGGAUUUAAUUUAUCUCCCAUGUCCCUGUAAUUAAUUUCCAUUUUAUUUAUCUUUAAUACUCUGUAAAAAAAAAUACUCAAUAUGCUACCUGAUGUUAUAUAUUUUAAUAUUCUUCGCUCUGCUAUUAAAUCA